AUGGUGCGCGCGACCUUUCUCAGACGAGAGGAGUCCCGCUCCAACGUGCUUGUGGCUCCUGAGCUAGCCUGCUCGAGCAGCGAGCUUCUGGAGAGGCUGCUUUCCAUUCUGAAGGACCAAGGCCUUCGGUUGAAAGACCUACCGGAGUCUGACUCCCCCGACUUUGCCAAGCUCCUCCAAGAGCUGGGUUUCUCCUCGGCCCUCGAGCGGGUGAAGCUGGCGAAGGCCGUCCGGGCCUUGCGUAGUGAGAACGAGGCGAACUUGAAGGACAGCGAUGGGGAUACCAAGUUUGAUACGUGGCAAUAUGAGGAGAUGUCCAGGGUCCAGAAGGCUGAGGCCAAAUGCAUGGUGAAAGACUUUGUCAAGGCAAUGGUUCAUGGCCGGCGCCUCCAAAAACUGAGCGCCGAGACGGGUGAGAUCGUGGAUGUGCAGGUCUCCUUGAAUAAGAAGGUCGACCGACUGACGAUCGAAGGCAUCGAAGCUCAAAGGAACGAAGCUCCUAUCCUUACAGAUCUCUGUGACAUCCUGCAUGUCGAGCCCAUGACGGAGCCUGACCUGACUGUGCUCGUGAAAACCCGUGAUAGCGAGCUGUGCCUGCUGCUCCCAAGCUUGGAAGAGCGGGACGCUUUCACCAAUGCUUUAGGCUCAGUUUCUGUUUUCCGAUCGGCGCUCAUUGGAGAUGCCGUUGUCGGCGUCGAGAUGCAGAGCCUGGGAAGCGAAGCUGCAGAGGAAGAGAAGGGAGUCUUCACUGCAGAGGUGCGGAUCUUGAAGGAAACCAGCAACUUCCAGAUCUACAGAGACCGGGACUUUGAGCAGGGCUUCUAUCCUGCGCCAGAGGCGACUGGAGGAGGUUCAGACCAAGAGAUCCAAGGUCCCGAUGAGCUGGGCCAGGGCUUGAACUGGGUGGUGAAGGGAAAAGCCCAGAGCCAAGUUGGGGAUGUCUUCAAGAUCACCUUCCUGCGCCAAGUUCGACGGAGCCAGGACAAAAGGAGCAUCAGUUGGGAACGCUUGCGAAACGAGACCGUGGAUUUUCAGGAGAUGUCCAAGUCUCACAAGUACUACCUGGUUGGUUCCUGGAACCAGUUUCGCGAGUGCAAGGAAAUGCUCGAGGACCAGGUGAAUGGACAGAAGCGAGUGCUGAAGCAGGAAUUCACGGUGGGCAAGACUGGCACAGAAAAGUUUCAGAUCCUCUUGAACUGCAAUUUCUUGGCCACGGUGCAUCCAGAUGUGGACGAAGCGAGCCAGGCCGGGUACAAGCUCUGCGGCCCGGACGAUGCAGGCUCAGGGAAGUAUUGGGCCACGGGAACCUCUGAGAAGCUAAUCCAAGGUGACCACGUGAUGGUCUACCUGGAGCUGUCUGGGGGAUUGCCUCACAAUGUGUGGUGGGAGAGGUUCAACUCGCCAGAUGCUCACCAAGAGUAUCUGGCCGCCGGAGCGCAGCGCGUCUGGGAGAGGCACAACCGACUCAUGGGCCUCAUCCCAUGGCAGAGCGACGAGAA